GUAUAGAAUAUUCUUUUACUAAUGCUUCACAGAAAACAACGGAGCUUUGGGGGAGCAACUCUGGCUCAAAACAACGGAAUUCUUUCCCACCUCUCCCAUCCCCUAACCACUGAAACUGCAGCUGGCAGCUCAGGCAGGCUACAUCCUAGCUCCUGCACACUGGUAUUGCUGUGUGCCACACCUCCCCCUGCCCGCGCCCGGUUUCCAGCAUACUGCUAGUGCAGGAUUUAUUAACAUGAUAUAUCGGAAUGGUCGUUUUCGGGGGAUAAAGAUGUCUCUCUAUUCCAGAAAAGGAUGGGAAAGGUACUAAAGGGAACGCAGGUUCAGAGACCACCAAGGGGGCACACAUCCAGAACGUCACUGCACUGUGACCUCGCCCACCGAAGCUCCAAGCUUGGGGAGGAGACUCACGCCCAUUGCCUGCUCCCAAGGCUAUCCUUCACACCAUACGCUUAGGAAGAGCAAAGCGGCCAUACCCGCCACGUUCCGAGCUCAAAUAUCUGACUUGGCUGCACCCAGUGUCAGGGAACGCCUAGCAAUCAUCAGUGACCCACACUGUGUUCAAGACCCUUUUAACGACUGUAUGGGUGGCUCUGAAAAGAGCCUUUGAAUUGAGGGCACCCUCGUCGCGCCUCACUUUGAGCUGGUGUACUUGGUGACUGCCUUGGUGCCCUCGGACACGGCAUGCUUGGCCAGCUCCCCGGGCAGCAGCAGGCGCACGGCCGUCUGCACCUCGCGGGACGUGAUGGUCGAGCGCUUGUUGUAAUGCGCCAGGCGGGAGGCCUCGCUGGCGAUGCGCUCGAAGAUGUCGUUGACGAACGAGUUCAUGAUGCCCAUGGCCUUGGACGAGAUGCCGGUGUCCGGAUGCACCUGCUUCAGCACCUUGUAAACGUAGAUGGAGUAGCUCUCCUUGCGGCCCCGUUUGCGUUUCUUGCCUUCCUUUUUCUGCGCCUUAGUGACCGCCUUUUUGGAGCCUUUUUUGGGGGCUGGAGCCGACUUGGACGGAUCAGGCAUAAUGUCUAGUUGCGUGGCAGAAACGCGGACGUCUAAGUACCAAGUGUAUUUGUAAGCCUUGUAUUCAAAUGAAGGAUCAGGCAUCACUCCCUUUGAUUGAAUAUAAUUUUACAUUACGUCAUCUCAGGGUAAGGCAUAUGCAAAUUAGGAGGGCUUCGCGUUCUUUUCUGAUUGGUUUAUACUCGUAUCCAAUAGGAAGGCGCAGUCUAGCCUCCCUCCUGAUCAUAUAUAAGAGCUUGCUGGCGCUUACGGAUUCGUUUUCGCCAGGUUUUCUCUCUUUCAGUGUACGUUCUGUCAUCAGUAGGAGAUGUCUGGUCGUGGCAAGCAGGGCGGCAAAGCUCGUGCAAAGGCCAAGUCUCGCUCUUCCCGAGCUGGCCUGCAGUUCCCAGUGGGCCGUGUGCACCGUCUCCUCCGUAAGGGUAAUUACUCCGAGCGGGUGGGCGCCGGUGCUCCGGUGUACCUGGCGGCUGUCCUGGAAUACCUAACUGCCGAGAUCUUGGAGCUGGCUGGCAAUGCGGCCCGCGACAAUAAGAAGACACGAAUUAUCCCGCGCCACCUACAGUUGGCCAUCCGCAACGACGAGGAGCUCAACAAGCUGCUGGGCCGCGUGACCAUCGCUCAGGGCGGCGUCCUGCCCAACAUCCAGGCCGUGUUGCUGCCCAAGAAGACCGAGAGCCACCACAAGGCCAAGGGCAAGUGAGGCCCCUACUGGUUGUUAGUGCAACUUUACGGACACCAAAGGCUCUUUUCAGAGCCACCCACAAUCUCAUUAGAAAGUGCUGUACACUGAACCUGUGACUGGCCGGGCAAGGUCUCCCGACUUUUGCCAUGCAUUCCUGUGCGGCGCCUGGGGAGCUCACAGGAGACCAACGGCCUCAUCCUGCGGGUGGCCUGGGGUCAGUUGGAGACGUUCGAGUUUCUCCCCGCCACUCCGGUGUCAGUCAGACACAAGGUUUCAGUUAACGUUCGUGUUUGGAAUUUAAGGGAAUACUUUAUUCUGUAGAAAUUAGCAUAAGGUUCUGGUUGGUAGGUGCUAGUGUUUCUACUGAAACGGUAAGUUAACACGCUUAAAUCUUCCAAAACAUGAAGUCCAUUUGAAUUCGGAUCAUAACGCCUUGGGGUUUCCAAAGGUUUCUGAGGGAAGAUUUGGGUAUUUCAAGUCUACUUGUUUAUAUAAACGUUCUGUUAGAAGGCGA